CAUAGAUAUUUUGAGAAUAACUUAGUUUCUUAAAAUGCGCGUGUUUACGGUUUUAAUGUUUACAAUUUUUAUAAAAUGUGUUUUUCCAGUAUGUGAAAAUCAAACAUGUUUAGGGACUGACAUUGAUAUUAGGCUACAAAAGGAAAGAAUUGCCGAUCUAUUUCUUUCCAAAUAUGGGGACGUGGUAGCUGAAUUUAAAAAAUUUUUACAAAUGCAAGAUAUGUAUGUGACUUCUGGUAAUCAAAAAUUAAAAAAUCAAGAAGAAUUAUCUCAAAUAUUGUUUGAUAGAAAAAAUGAUUUACACGGUAGCACGAGUAAAUUAUUCAAACAACUUGAAGAUUUACGUAAAGAUUUAAAUUUUUCUGUUGAAGGUAUUAAUGUAACUAACAGUGAAUCUCAAAUAAUUGAUAACUCUAUUUUAAAUAAAAUAAAGAAUAUGGAUUAUCAACUAACAGUAAUGAACACACUGUAUGACCACUAUAAUGAAACAAAUUUAUAUGAAAGAAUAAUGAACAUUCCUCAUAGCGUUUCUGAAGACAUUUAUUUUUUAGAAAAUUUAUUGAAUGAGGAUAAGAAUUCUAGUUGUGUGAAUAAUUUAGAAGAAGAACUGUACAAAUUGUUCAAAGAGAUGUCAACACUGUUAAACUUUGAUGGAAUUGUUCAAGAUAUUAGAAAUUUAACACAAGCUGCUAACGAUAAAGAUGAACAAGAAAAAGCAAUCCUCCGAAUUAUUAUUGAUAUAACAAAAAAAGAAACAGAAGCAGAGGAAAUAUCGGAUCUUUUAGACACCUUGGACGGUAUUUUAAAGGAAUUAAGACUAAUUUUAAAUGAUCUAAAUAUAAAAAAAUUUUCUGAGAUAGAACUACUUAUUGAAAAAACAGAGAAAGAAAUUGAAGAAUAUUCAAAUGAAAUUGUUUGUUACACAAAAUAUUUUGAGAAUUGUCACAUUAAAAGUGCUUCGGAUUCAUUUAUAGAACCAGAAUGUAUGAAAAUGUAUAAAUAAAUGUUUUAGUAAUACAAAUUCAAAUGAAACAUUAAAAAUACUAUCAGUAUAGGUACCUUAAAUUAUUUUAUUAUGCUUUCCUGGGAAUUUGUUUUUUUACACUUUGAGAAUAUAUUUAGAUUAAUAGAUUUUAGCGAGACACCAGAAACUUUUUAAAGUAGUAGCUGAAUUAGUUGCCCAUGGUGUACCUAUUUAUUUAGAGUAUAUUAUAGUAAAUGAUCUUUAAAUAAAAUGUCCA